CUUUACUGUCUUCAACACAAAAUUCAAUGAAUACAUAGUCCCUUCGAUCGUACCACUUUGCAGAAGCAGGCUGCAUGGUGAACGGGGCAGGGGGCCAGGCGAACGGGUGGGCGGGCCUCGCUGGCGGCGGCGGCGGCGGCGGGCGCGGCGGCUUCUCUCCGGCGGCGGCGGUGGCGGCGACUCCGGCGUCUUCUGCCCGGUCGCGGCCUCUCCUCGCUCCCCGAAGGCGACGGCGGCGGCAGCGGCAGCGGCGGCGGGCUCGACCUCGAUGCCCAGAAUGCACCGCGCGCAGAGCGGCUCCCUCAGCCCGGGAGCGGAGGGAAGUGGAGGGAGAGGGGCGCGAGGACGGCGGAGCAAGGGGCGAGCGGGCGAGAGAGCGGGCGGGCGAGCGCGCGUGCGCGCGUGCGUGCGUGCGAGGGCUGGCGAGGCCGGGCGGCGGCUGGUGACGCAGCAAAAUGCCCGGGC